UUUUUUUAUUUUAUUUUAUUCACAGAUCAAAGCGUGCUAACCUCUCAGAGCUAACCGCCAGCUGAACAAACGUGUAUAUAUGUGUGUGUGUGUGUGGUCAUGUCGGGAAUGACUAGCGGCGUUUGUGUGGAGAGUGACCUCUCCUCAAUGCUGCAAAGAAGCUCAGCCCCUUCUCACCAUCACCCAAAUCACCAUGGUUAUGGCGGUCAAAGCCAGGUGUCUGGUCUGGCACCAAUGCUGGACUACACCACAGAGAUGGACCGGUACCGCUCAUCUAUAGCCACCUUCUACAAGACCAAUGUCAACAUGAACAUGAACGUAACAAACUUUCCCCAAUCGGCCAAGCUGGCAGCCCGUCUGGCGGCCGCUGCUCCCAUCUUCCCCCCUACCGCUGCCAGGCUGGGCGCCAUGGCGACGGCCCCCUGGGGAUGUCAUGACAACAUGAACAUGAACAUGAACCACCCAGCAGCCAUGUUCUGGGGCAGACCCAAACCUGUUGCCACGGCGCCAACGCAUCCUCACCACCACCCCUCGGCGACUCCCGGUCACAUGACCUCUUCGCACGCCCACAGCAGCAGCAUGCACCAGAGCAGCGGGGGUCCUGGUGGGGGAGGGGGUGGUGGUGGUGGAAGUGAAGGGGGCGGAGCUGAAAAACAUGGACACACUGCAUCACUUCCUGUUAGCCAAGGAACAGCGCAUCAUCACGCCAUACCGCCUAGCAAUGGGAACUUUCUCUCCGGUUACAGUGGUGGAGCAGAGUGUGGUGUCAUGAACAAGCAGGGGCACGCCCACCCGGACAUGAUGGGCCUAUCAGAGGGCAGCAACUGCAAUGGGGGAGGAGUUAUGAGUGGUGGCUUUCUGGGGGGGCUUGGUUUACCCCCUGGGGUCAUUGUCAUGGCAAUGGGAUCCGCAGGUGGAGGGAUUUCAGACGCCAGCAGCGCUUUCCAGAUGACAAGCGGCCAGAGAGCGCUAACAGACUGCCAACAGCAUACCAACUCCUCCCCCUGCCCCUCCUCUUCCUCCCCCUCGUCGUCAGGGGUGACAGCAGGGGGCGUCUCCCUCUCUUCGUCAUCUUCAUCGUCAUCAGGGACUGUGGCCAAGAGGAAGCGGAAGCGCUGUGGCGUCUGCGGGCCGUGCAGACGGCUGAUCAACUGCGGCGUCUGCUCGUCCUGUCGCAACAGGAAGACGGGGCACCAGAUCUGCAAGUUCAGAAAGUGCGAGGAGCUAAAGAAGAAGCCGGGAGGAGGAGGUGGGGUCCUAGAGCGGCCGCCCUCCGUCCCAGCCGGCGAGGCGUUCCGCUGGUUCUUCUAGCCUUUCCUUCACCGGUGGAUUUACCAACGCAGACAGACCUGGACUGAAUGAAAUUCAGAGGAAGGACUGCGUCGUCUCGGACUGAACCGCAGCACGAACUUUGUCGUGUGCGGGAUUGCCCAGAAAUCCUGUUUCGACUGGAUGGAGGCAGAGGAGGGGGAGGAGGGAGAGGCAGUUGGAUCCCUUAAACUCACCCUCCAUUGGUAAAUAAGUUAGCAUCUCAAGUAGCUCAACUAAAGCAGGUUAAUUCAAACCAUUAAGUCAUCUGACACAUCUGCAACGGUUCUUGUAUUCAACUGAUAAAUGUUCUGUACUGUUACUUUAUCUCUGCGGUUGAAUGAACUUUUCCUGAUUUUGUGCGAUCCAAGAUUUGGGUCAAAACCAGAGAGAUGUCUUUGUACCUUCUUUUAUAUCUUGAUGUCUGAUUUGCCACAUUGGUUUGAUCCAUCUUUGUAAUCUUAGCCAGAUGUGUUAAUACGGGUCAGUUCAACUUUACCUACAACCAUCCAUUCACCUAAAGGCAGAAUCAGCCCCUAAAAUAACUCCCGGGGUAGAGUUACUCUCUGGAAGUCCAUGAAUUUCUGCUCAAGUCCAGUUUUCACAAUGAAUAGCUGUCGUUCAUGAUGGGACAGAACAUCAGAGCAAACGCAGGUCGCAUUUGGAUCCAGAUUACAGGGUUCCCUGAGUGAACCUUUAAGCUUGUAAACCCAUUAACCUGGUCAGUAUUAUCUUGUUAGCCCUGAAGUCUUAAGUUCAGGGCGGGUAAAGCGCCAAUCCUUAAUGUGCCACAGCAUUGCUUACUGCUGAAGGAUUUCAAAGUAUUACGGUAGUUUUUGUUUAAGGUUUUGGAUCAUAACUAAGAACAAAAAAAAAACACUCAGGGGAACAAAUGCUUUAGGUAAAGUAGAGAGUACAUUCCUACUGAUGAACUGACAAGUAUAGGAAGCUACAGGCUUCCGAAGGAAGUAGGGUAGACUUUAAAAUGUUGUUCGGUUCGUUGUGUCAAAGGGAGGAUAAAGGUUUUCUAAGGUCUUCAUCCUAUUCGAGCAAAUCAUUCUGGUUUAUAUUUAAAGCUGUAGCUGUCUAAAGCCGUCUUCAUACCCAACGUAGAAAAAAAAUGCCAUUUCUUUACGUUGUUCACCUGCUGUUGGUAGGUCUGCAUUUCACCUGUCCCACCAUCAAUUCACAAAGAUAUAAAGAAAUCCCAUCAUCUUCACUGCACUCCUUCACCCACAUCUCAAAACCAUUUCAGCAAGUAAUUGGUUAAUGCAACAUGAAUUAAUUUGCUCCUGAUUACAGCUUUACAUAAAGAUAACAUCCAUAUUGCUUCCUGCGCCUUGUCCGCGGUUAGCGUGAACAUGGCUUAAGGCUUUGACUGGUCGAACUGGGUAGUGGCCAAUAAAACUCUACUUCAGGUUAAUAAAGAAAGAACUUUCUAAACAUAUUUUGUUCCAUUCAUCAGACAACUGCCUUCCUCCUCUUCCUCCUCAUCUUCCCAGCAAAACCACUAAUCCCAUUGUAGCAAAACCCAGGAUGAUUCAGGACUCAGCCACAGAGACUUCUUCAGUUUGACCAAAACUGGCUGACAAGCUAACCUCCAAGAGGAUUCACAAACUGACCUCAGUAGGAAGUGAUCCAAGACUGUUAAUAUGGACAAGUUCCCUACAGUAGGACUACAGCAACCACAUCACUGUUAUCUGUCUCUUCUGUCUACCUCCUCCAGAACUUUACAGGCACCUUGAUUGACUCUUACCGGAUGGUGUUUCUGCUGGUACAAUAAGAGCUGCUUCUUAACUCUCUUGGGGCUCCAGAGUUCAUUGAGUUCAAGUGAAGCCGGUCAUUAAUCUGGCAAAUGAAAGAGUUUAAGGAGUUCAUUGGGUUUGCUGGAUUUUGACGGGAGGUUUAUGAGGUUUUAUAAAGCCAGAAGUGAAGUGGGAAAAACAGUUUUACUGGAUUCUUGGUAAUUUAAUUGAAGCUUUCCGAGUCUUACCAUCUCUGGUUAACCCCAAAAUGA